CUCCGUCCCCACCUAUCACUCGACUAGUCGAAUUCCCGAACCUCCUCUACACUAGCCGCCUCGUGACAACUUACCAUUACCAUCGCCAGCACAAUGCGCCGCCACCGUCCCUACCUCGACGGCGUCGCCGCCGCCGCCGCAACCUUCCUCCUCGCCGUCCUCCUCCACGCGCCGCUCGCCGCCGGAGAGGACGAGCCUCCGCCAUGGGUCCUGUGCGGGCCGUACCCUCCCAGCGGCAACUACUCGAAGAACGGCACGUACCAGGUCAACCUCGACCUCCUCUCCACCACCCUCCCCAAGAACACCUCCUCGUCUCCGGCCAUGUACGCCACGGGCACCGUCGGCGACGUCCCCGACAAGGUGUACGGCCUCGCGCUGUGCCGCGGCGACGCCAACGCCUCCGCCUGCGAGCGCUGCGUCGCGGCCGCCCUCCGCGACGCGCCGCGGAGGUGCCCGCUCGUCAAGGACGUGCUCGUCUUCUACGACCUCUGCCAGCUCCGCUACUCCAACCGCGACUUCUUCCUCGACGAUGACUACUUCGUCACCACCUACACCCUCCAGCGCUCCCGCCGCGUGGGCGCCGCGGCGGCGGCAGCGUUCGACGCGGCCGUCGCAGUGCUCGUCAACGCCACCGCGGACUACGCGGCGGCGGACUCGUCGAGGCGGUACGGCACGGGGGAGGAGGAGGGCGUCGACGGCGACAGCGACCGCCCCAAGAUCUACGCGCUGGCGCAGUGCACGCCGGACAAGACGCCCGAAGUCUGCCGGACCUGCCUCUCGACGGUGAUCGGGCAACUGCCCAAAGAAUUCAGCGGGAGGACGGGAGGGGGCAUGUUCGGGGUGUGGUGCAACUUCCGGUACGAGGUGUUCCCUUUCUUCUCCGGCCGCCCGCUGCUGCAGCUUCCGGCGUUCGUGGAGACGCCGCCGCCGCCGCCUUCGCCAUCGGCGACCAGUGGAGAGAAAACGAAAAAUAGGAUUGGUACAGUUCUAGCGAUAGUUAUGCCUGCAAUAGCUGCAAUACUGCUCAUGGUUGUAGCAUGCUUUUGUUGCUGGAAGAGGAUCAAGAAGAGACGACCAGAAGAACAGACGUUUCUGUCCUGUAAGUCUGCUAAAAAUUAUGAUUCAGUUAGUUCAGACGAUAUUCAGAGCAUUGAUUCGCUUAUACUUGAUCUACCAACAAUACGAGUUGCUACAGAUGAUUUUGCUGAUACUAAAAUGAUCGGCCAAGGAGGAUUUGGUAUGGUUUACAAGGGAGUCCUACCUGAUGGCCAAGAAAUAGCCGUGAAGAGGCUUUGCCAGAGUUCCAGACAAGGAAUAGGAGAGCUGAAAAGUGAGCUGAUUUUGGUUGCUAAGCUUUACCACAAGAAUCUAGUAAGGCUUAUUGGUGUUUGCUUGGAGCAGCAAGAGAAAAUACUUGUCUAUGAAUAUAUGCCAAAUGGAAGCCUUGAUAUCGUUCUUUUCGAUACCGACAAGAACAGGGAGCUAGAUUGGGGGAAAAGAUUCAAGAUUAUAAAUGGGAUUGCUCGAGGCUUGCAAUACCUUCAUGAAGAUUCUCAAUUGAAGAUAGUGCACCGGGACCUCAAAGCAAGCAACAUCCUAUUGGACUUUGAUUACAGCCCUAAGAUUUCUGAUUUUGGCUUAGCAAAGAUAUUUGGAGGGGAUCAAUCAGAAGAUGUCACUAAUCGAAUCGCCGGAACAUAUGGAUACAUGGCACCAGAAUACGCUAUGCGUGGUAAUUAUUCAAUCAAAUCGGACGUGUUCAGCUUCGGCGUUUUGGUAUUAGAGAUUAUCACCGGAAGAAGAAACACUGGCUCAUAUGAUAGUGGGCAAGAUGUUGAUCUCUUAAACCUAGUGUGGGAGCACUGGACAAGGGGAAACGUUGUAGAGCUGAUUGAUCCAUCCAUGGGCGACCAUCCUCCAAUCGAGCAGAUGUUGAAGUGCAUCCACAUCGGGUUGUUGUGUGUUCAGAAAAAACCUGCAAGCAGGCCGACGAUUUCGUCAGUAAACAUCAUGCUUAGCAGCAACACUGUUCGUCUCCCUUCUCUAUCCAGGCCGGCGUUCUGCAUCCAGGAGGUUAGUGCCAGUGACAGCUCUAAUCCGUAUUCAGAACGCUAUCCAAGACCAAGACAUUCCGGGUAUUCUGAUAAUUCAACAGUGGUGUCUUCGAAUGAUUUGUCAAUCACAGAGCUUGUGCCGAGAUGAAUCCUGAAUUUUUAGUUCAGUCGUGUACAAUGCUUCUAGAUAUUACAUAUGAGGUUGAUGCGUGGGGAUGCCCUACUGCAUCACGUCAGUAUAUUAUUAUUUAUUGAAUCCACCAUUGUGGCUGUAAUUAGAAUUAAUAAGAUGGUAUUUCUUAGAAAUUGAAACUGACCGGAGUGGAUAAUAAAAGUCAGGAGUGAUCACGAUGUAUGGCAUGAUGAAUUGUCACUGUUGUCAAUUAUGCUGUUAUUAGACCUA